CGUGUCUCGUUGCCAGAGCAUCCUUUCGUCAUGGCGUCUGUUUCAGCUAAAUGUGUUGUUAACCUGCGAGUUAUAUCUGUUUUCUUCCUUUUGGUGCUAUGUCUGCCACCCGGAGGAGGACAAAAGAAAAAGGAGAACCUGCUGUCAGAGAAGGUUGACCAGAUGAUGGAGUGGUCUUCUCGGCGUUCAGUCAUCCGGAUGAAUGGGGACAAGUUCCGUCGUUUUGUCAAGGCUCCACCCAGGAACUACUCUGUCAUCGUCAUGUUCACUGCUCUGCAGCCUCAGCGGCAGUGUUCUGUCUGCAGACAGGCAAAUGAGGAGUAUCAGGUCCUGGCAAACUCCUGGCGUUACUCAUCUGCAUUUUCCAACAAGCUCUUCUUCACAGUUGUGGACUAUGAUGAGGGAGCUGAUGUCUUCCAACAGUUGAACAUGAAUAGUGCUCCAACCUUCAUGCAUUUCCCUGCAAAGGGAAAGCCGAAGAGGGCUGAUACUUUUGAUCUGCAAAGGAUUGGUUUUGCCUCAGAGCAGCUGGCCAAAUGGAUUGCCGACCGCACAGAUGUUCAGAUCCGGGUCUUUCGUCCUCCUAAUUAUUCAGGAACUAUUGCUUUGGCUCUCUUAGUGUCUCUGGUUGGAGGUCUGCUGUAUCUGAGGAGGAACAACUUGGAGUUCAUAUAUAACAAGACUGGAUGGGCCAUGGCUGCUUUGUGUGUGGUUUUUGCAAUGACCUCGGGUCAGAUGUGGAAUCACAUCCGCGGUCCCCCUUAUGCCCACAAAAACCCACAGAAUGGACAAGUGAGUUAUAUUCACGGAAGCAGCCAGGCUCAGUUUGUGGCUGAAUCUCACAUCAUCCUCCUUCUGAAUGCUGCGAUUACCAUGGGGAUGGUUCUGCUCAACGAGGCUGCUACCUCCAAAGGAGAUGUUGGCAAACGAAGAAUCAUUUGCCUAGUUGGCCUUGGGCUGGUGGUCUUCUUCUUUAGCUUCCUGCUCUCCAUCUUCAGAUCCAAGUACCAUGGAUACCCCUACAGCUUCCUUAUUAAGUAAAAAAGAAAAGACAGAGGAGGAGGUCAGAGGAUUGCGAAGAGGCGGUAUAGGUGAGGAGAAGAGGAGUCAAGAAUAUACUUGAAAAGCAGUUGUUUUUCUGAUGAGUCUACAUGGUGGGCUUUCUUUUUGUGUGUGUUGCUUUGUAUCAACAUCUUUAAAAAAAUCUUCAAGUGAAAUAAAAAGUUCAGCGUUUUGUUUGAACACUGGAAAAAUAAAGGCAUGUCACUGUACAAUGGUUUCUUUGUUAUUCUUGCCAAUGGAUGAAUAUUUUUUGUGGGUCGAUAAAUAGGCAGCUUUUACGUUUUAAUCAAGUUACAGUAGCUUAUUUAUCAAAAAAAGGAAAAGUGCCACCAGUGAAGCUCUGAACUAAAGACUUUAUAGAAAACUUACCAACAAGAAGCAAAAUCGCACAAAAAUAUUACCAUGUAAACAUUUGUUAAUGGUUAAUAACAUAAAGAUUUUAAUAAAGACCUGGUAUGUUCA